AUAAUUGUUAUUAUAGAUUCACUGGUAUAUUAUAUCCACACUGAUGACUUUUACGAAGAUCUUGCAAGGAACGCCAAUCUACUCGACCGUAUGGAUACUUCUAAUUUACCACGAAACCAUCCGUGUUAUAUUGCUGAGAGGAAAAAGAUCCCGGGUCUAUUUUCAGAUGAGACUGACGGCCAUAUUAUGACGGAGUUUUGCGCGCUCCGUGCUAAAUCCUACGCUUAUAAAAUCCAAGGAUUGGAUGAUAUGAAUGUGAAGGAGCAGAUCCGUGCAAAAGGCGUGAGGGGUCAUGUGGUUAAGAACCAUAUGACAUUUGAGGGUCAUCGGGCAUGUUUGUUUGAAGGUAUGGAGCCGGGUGUCAAUAAUAGACAGCUGAAUAUGUGUAUACGUUCAUUCAAACAUCAAUUGACGACUGUCCAGACCAAUAAAAUAAUAUACAACAAUUAUGAUGAUAAGAGGGUGAUACUAGAAGAUAAAAUCCAUACCCUAGCUCACGGUCAUUUUAGAAUAGAGUAA